AUGACCGUCCCCAGACCGCCUUCACGACCUCGCUUUCCCCAACUCUUCGCCAGAGCCGAUCAAAUCGCCAGCGAGGUUCCCAUAGACAAUGUCUACUUCUCCCACGCUCUCACCAUGUUGCAAACCUUUGGCCUGCCCUUGGCCUUCUACUUCAAGCCCGUCAUCGUCUUCGUGGCCAUGUCAUGGCUGUUCUAUCGCGCCUAUCAGGUCAUGAGCACGCCGCUCCAGGAACUCGCUGCUCUCCUCGGUUUCGACAUCCCGCCAGCUCCCCUCAUCGACCUCGCGAGUGUCAAGGCAGACGGUGCCAUGAUUCAUUGGUCUCUCCCGGAGAAACAAAAGCAUAAGACGUCUUUGAAAUACGAGAUACACCUGAACGGCGCCGUGAUUAUUGAUACACUUCCUGUACACGAGUCGGCUGCGACAAUCACAGGUCUUCGCCCGGGCUGUUUCUACGUCGUGAGGGUAUCCCUAGUCAACAAUAUCGAAUUCAGCUCCAAAAGUGAACCGAUCCGCUUCCGCACGAAGCCGGCCGAUUCGGGUGACUUCUAUGUCGCCGCUCCCGAUGGGCAGGACACCGAUCAUGAUACUGCCCACGAACCCGUCCCGCGAGUGAGGCCCUAUCGUGGACUGAAGGACAUUGCACCCGCUGCUCCUGAUGCCGUGCCCAUGUCGAGAGAAGUCAGCUCUGGCCAAAGAAGAAGCUUGAACGCGAGCCGUCAUUCAUCGGCAAUGCAAGUGGACAGGCGGGAAUCUUCGGCCGAGGAGACCGAGGCGCCUGAAGGAGCAGAGACCAUUCAGCAGUUGACGGAAAGACUCGAUGCCAUUCGCAAGGAGACCGAUGAAGCAGAGAAGCAAGCUCGGGAGGAAGAGGAGGAGGAGGUCAAUCAGAAAGAAGAGCUGAUCAAGGAACGGGAUGAGCUGAGGACGGAAGCGGCGGAAAAGGAAAAGGCGAGCCGGAAUUUGAAGAGAGAGGUCAACACUUUGGAAAGACAGAACACUGCUGCACAGAAUGAGCGAUCGAAACACGAGCGGAUCCUCCAGCAGAAGAAGCAGGAUCGACAGAAAUUGAAGGACGAUAUCAUUCGCUGGCAGCGCGAGACCGAGGAGAUGAAGGCGGAUGUCGAACGCAUUCGACAAGAAAAAGCCAGUCAUUUGGAGGAGGCAGAGCAGGAGAAGGAGAAGUUGCGGGUCCGCCAAGCCGACGAGGCUGCUCUGGUCAAGGCGUUGGAUGAUGAGGUCAGGGAGAAGAGUACCGAGAUCAAGAAGAUGGAGCGUGCUAUGAAGAAUGGCUCCCCGAAUAGUGCCGAACCAGAGACGAAUUUGGUGCAGCAAUUGCAACAGGACGCCGAAGCUCAAAGAAUGUGGGACGGACAAGUGCUGUUGAUGCAACAGCAAUACGGCAUGACCGUGCAAAAGCUGGAGCAGGCCAAACGCUUGUAUGCGGAGCAGCAGAACUACCUCCAGACUCUGCAGGCUAAGCGCAGGCAGGAGGAAGCCACGCAGUACACCUCUCCACCGACCACGCAAGACCGCCAAAUCCGACGUGGUGACAGCCAGAGGAGUCGUCGAGCACAAAGCGGACACAGCUCAUCGGACAGUCCUCGUCUUACCAACUUUCCUCUUAGCAGUGGUGCUUUCGGUCCGAGCUUGACGAGCACUGCCUUCCCUGGCGCAGCAUUCCUCAACAUCCACAACGGGAUGACCAUCAGCCAGCCUACGGACGGAAUGACCAUGUCAGAUGAAGAUCGAGAUAGGCUGACAGGAGGCGCCUUGAUGAGUCCUGGAGCCGGAGCAGAUCUCCUCCCAGCUGAUCUGUUCGGCGAAGGAGAUAACGACAGAUUUAUCACGCCGCUUCCUGGUCUUGGGUCUCUUCCUGGAAUGUCCAAUCAAGUGAUGCAGGACCCAUAUCCUACCUCGCCGCAAUCUGGAAGGAGUAGUCGAGCCCAGAGCAUUCUCGCCAGUCCCCUCUCCAGUCAACUCAACCUCCACAUGGGAUCUCCAGAGCACCUCAUCGACGCCGAUCGGAGGUCUGUCCGUUCGACACGAUCGAACCGCGCUGCUAGUGGCAGCGGCAUGGUCUCAACGGGUAGUCGAUUCAGUGGCAUGUUCGGGAUCAAGCAACGAGCUAAAAAUGUCUCCGACGCCGAUGAUGGCCUGGCUCUGGGUAAGGCGCAGAGCCACUCCAUGCCACGUCAAGACGGAGGCAUCCCUGGUCUCGAAUCCGCUAGUAGGAAACGCAACAGUAGUAUUUCAGGCACCCUCGCCAGCGGCUCCUACCCCAGCGAAGGACCCAUUGAAGGACCAUCACAACCUCGAUCUGGAGCCGGCGCAUCGCUUAGAAGUCGAGCGUUUGGCAUCUUUAGCAAGGAAAAAAGUGGUGGUGAUGGCUGGCCGAGUACCUUCACCGGCCUGGGACGUAGACCUGCCUCUCCCAGACCUGGGUCCACCCACUCCAGUGAGCUCCCUCGCCCUUCCUUCGAUAGCAGUCGCUGGGGCGUCGACACUUGGCCGUCUGCGGACGCAGCGAGUGGAGGCGCAAGAAGCAGCCCUCUCGCAUUCGGCGCGACAAAUUGGAAUAUCCCCGUCGGCCAGCAGUCCCGCAUCUUCGGCUCCCGCCACCCUUCCCGUCGCCCAUCGCAGCAAUACGGCAACUCCGGCCCUCCCGCAGACAUCAUGGAAGACGAAGACUCGGACAUGCACGACUCUCGCGACCGGGCCCGGCACCUCGGUCCGAUAGGAAGUAAGCCUCCUCCCGGAUCGAAGAAAGCCGGAAAAGCGCCCGCCGUCCUCCCAUCCACAUCGUCCACCUCCGCCAUCGCUGCUGAUGAAGACGACUCCACCGCCUCUCCCGACGCGAAGCUCAAUCCUAACGCGAAAGAUUUCAAGUCCUUCUUCUCCAGCAUGCGCUUGCGGUCCAAGGACUCCGCGCCCUCGACCAUCGCUUCAUCGUCUUCUCAUCAACACCUCGAGAAUCAUACUGAUGUCGCCGAGCAUGAUGUCUCGCCCACAACAUCCCGCAAGUCGCGGGAUACACGAGACACCUACUCGGUCACCACUGCGUCUUCCAUCGCCGAAUCAGGUCGUAACUCGUACGACCUCGCGAGGACGGUGAGUGGGAGUAUGUCCGACAUCGCCACGCCGGGAGCGGAAGGUGGACGAGGAACAGGAAGCGCCCAGCCUAGCCCCAUGCUCGGCUCCUCUACCAGCAAAGAAAGUUUCAUGCAGAAACUCACGAGGAAGAGUUCGGCCGGAGGUAAAUUCACGCUGCCGACUUUUAAGCGCGAGCGGAGUCGUCUUGACACCUCUGUGCGGGACUUGCCCGGAUCUCCCGGGUUGAGUACGCCGGGUGAAGAAGCGGGUUUCGAUGAUUCUGCGGGUUUGGGCAGCAGUAGCGGGAAUUUGAAGGAAAGUGGUGGUGGAGAGGGGAAGAGAGGGAGUGUUAGGGGGUGGGGCAAUGUGUUGAAAUUUGGAGGAGGGAGCUCGAAGAAGGGGGCUAGUGCGGUGAGCGUCACGACUAGUGAGGAGGGCGUUACUGGGGACGAGGAGAGGGAGGAGAGGGAGUAA